UUGUCGUAUAACCUUGAAGGGGAAUUAGAGGAAUUGGACCGUAUUGGAGGACUGAUAUAUGGCAGCUAUAGGAUAUAGUAGACCGAUACCGGCCGUUCCGUAUUAUAUACUGCGUGCAAAGGAAAGAAAGGUGUCGACGGUCAAAAACAUUGUUAUCGAUAGUUAAGUCAGUAUUAUUAGGAGAUGUAGUAUUUUAAGUUAUCGGAAGUACGGGCUUAUCAAUCGCGGUUAUGUGAAUGCCGCCAAAAGGUGCCAUUCAUUGUUUUGUUGAUUGUAGGAGGGCACACUGCGAAUAAAACGUUCCGUUAGCCACAGCCAAGGCCUUUGAAGUACCCCUUUCUUCGGACCUACGCGUGUGGGGAGCCGUUUAAGGCAACUCCACAUGACACAAAACAACAGCUUUUAUUCGCAGUCCUAGGGAGACUGCAAGGGCAACUUGCGCUGGAGGACGGCUUGACGACCAGCUAGAGAGUUGCCAGGAGCGCACGGAGCGCAGUUCCCGUACCAGCAGAGGAGUCGCAGCCAGCGACAUAGACGGCGCAGCCAGCGCCAAACCACUGAGUACGGACGGAGUCGCAGCCAGCGACACGGAGACGCAGCCAGCGUCAGUUCUGGAGACGCAGCCGGCGUCAGUUCAGGAGACGCAGCCAGCGUCAGGAUAGGAAGCGCAAGGAGCGCCAAGCACCAGCGGGCAGGAGGCGCAAGGAGCGCCAAGCAUCAGCGGCAGCAGCCAGACGGCACAGGUCCGCCAUUUUUGGAGCGCUAGGGCAGCGCCAUUUUGGAGCGCUAGGGCAGCACCAUAUUUGAGCACUUGGAGAUGCAGCACUCCCCCAGGAGGAGUUCCCGGCUGAACGGAGGGGAAGCCACACCUACAACGCGAGCGGAUCAGCAGCCAGCGAGUAGUGCAGCAGAAAACCGGCCGCGGGUGAACAUAACCACGGCGGCGGCCAUUUCUCGCCCAGCCACUACAGCGACUACAGUAGCGUCCCAACCAAAGAGCACUGUAACAGCAGCUGCGAGUUCAGAGCCGGAGGUGAGCCAGCCACUCACGGCGUACCUAUUGGAGAGGAUUACGGCGUUGGAGAACGAGCUGAAGAAGGUCAAAGCCAUGGACGCAGCAAACACCGCCAAUUGCGCGCCAAUCGCAGUUGGCCCAAGCGCAAAUGGCGCCAACAGUGGAGCGUCGGAGCGGCCGCCAUCGUGGAGCGGACCGCCAUUAACCGCCACAUCGAACGGUGAGGCACCAACUAACGGGGUCGGGCCGGACCCAUAUAGCAGUUUCGGUGCGACCAGUGGGACCUACACGCUGCCGCCAUCUUGGAGUGGACCACCGUUGCUAACGACUAGCACUGUGUGCUACAAGUGUUGCGCAGACAGCGCAUGGAUGCGCGCUACCGGGCGGGAGCAUCCACAACGUAGCAACUGCAUCACCAUUUGUUGGAUCCUACGCCUGGAUGACGCCGAAUGGAACCCAAGCUAAUGGACCAAGGAGGCUCCCGGACUUGCCUACAUUUGGAGGGCAGCCCGAGGAUUGGCCCAUCUUUAAUUGUGCGUUUGUGGAGACGACCCAAGCGUACAACUGCACGGACCUGGAGAACAACCAGAGGCUGUUGAAGGCGCUGAAGGAUGAAGCACGCGAGACAGUGAAGUCGCUGCUGAUUCACCCUGCGAACGUCAGAGCCGUGAUGGAGCAGCUGCGCUUUAGGUUUGGCCGACCGGAGCAGCUAAUACGCAGCCAGCUGAACAGCGUGCGAGAGGUGCAGCCGAUUUCGGAGCAGCAACUGGAGAGGAUCGUCCCCUUCGCAACCAGAGUGAGUAACCUCACGGCCUUCUUGCAGUCGGCGAAGGCGGAGCAACAUCUGGGAAACCCCACACUCAUGGAGGAGCUUGUGGCAAAGCUUCCCACCAGCAAACGAGUGGAUUGGGCCAGGAACGCUGCAUCGAUCCAACCCUUUCCCACUGUAGCGCACUUCAGCGCGUGGCUACAGGAGUACGCGAACAUCGUGUGUACGAUUUUGGACGUCGAUGGAAAGGAGCCGAGGCGUCGAGUUCUACACGCGAGCGUCGACCAGAACGGAUACGAGCAGCGGGAUGACCGGCAUGGAGGUUGUCCAAUUUGUGAAGGUCAACAUGCUACGACGAGUUGCAGCGAAUUCAUUGGAGCUUCGCCACCGGGCAGAUGGAGCAUGGUGAAGAGGCAUCGGCUCUGCUUCACAUGCUUACGGAGUGGGCAUGCGGCCAGAUCCUGCGAUGUGCAUGGCGAGUGCCAGAUCAACGGAUGCCGCAGAUUGCAUCACCGUCUGCUACAUGAAGAGGACGAAGGGCGAAGACGGCCGGAGCAGCGAGGUGGUUUCAGGCGCCACAACGGAGGGAACCAGAUGUCACCAGUUUCCAGACGCAGCCCGGACAGGAGGUCUUCGCCACGAGGUGGUUACAGGGACCACGAGAGGACCCAGGAGUCGGCUGUCCGCAGGAACAGCCAGGAGAGAAGGGCCCCGCAGCCAGCGGAGGCGCCCAUGCAGAGGAACUUGAGUAUUGACGUCAAAGGAGGCCGACUUUUGUUCCGUAUACUGCCAGUAACGCUGUACGGAGCUGGUCGCCAGGUGGACACAUACGCGCUAUUAGAUGAAGGAUCCUCCGUCACGAUGAUCGACGAUGAGCUACGGAGGGAUCUGGGAGUGCAAGGCGAACGUCGACAACUGAACAUCCAAUGGUUUGGAGGAAGAGCAAGCAGGGAGCCUACCAACGUGGUGAGCCUGGAGAUCAGUGGAGCUGGGAAGCCCACUCGUCACCCGUUGAGGAACGUGUACGCCGUUUCGAGCCUGAGUCUGCCGAUGCAGACGUUAUGUCGACGAGAUGUCCAGGGCGUUCAUAAGGAUUCGCGACUGCCGAUGAAACCCUACAGCAACGUGGUGCCGAAGUUGCUCAUCGGACUGGACCAUGGACAUUUGGGAUUGCCACUUAGGACGAGACGGUUUGCCAGAGAGGGACCGUUCGCGGCCGCAACCGAGCUUGGAUGGGUUGUGUUUGGGCCAGUAAGUGGACAAUCAACUACGCCGUCACCGAGGUCCUGCCUUCUAGCCGUGUCAGUGGAGGACACGAUGGAAAAGAUGGUGGAGGACUACGUCGAGAUGGAAGGCUUUGGUGUGAAGCUCGCGCAACCGGUCGCAGCCAGCGACGACGCGCGGGCCCAAAGGAUCCUCGACGACACCACGGUGAAAGUGGGGCGUCGCGACCAGACGGGUUUGCUCUGGAAGGAUGACCACGCUGUGCUGCCACGGAGCUACGAGAUGGCACACAGACGGCUGAUCAACGUCGAGAAGUUGAAGCGCAACGGGCCGUUGGCGCUAGGAUACGAUCGGAUCAUCAAGGACGUGUCCAAAGGAUAUGCGAGGAAAUUGCAGCCGGAUGAGGUCGCGCUGAAGAGCGACAAGCUAUGGAAUUUGCCACAAUUCGGUGUCGAAACCCCGAACAAGCCCGGUGAGGUCCGGCUUGUGUUUAAUGCUGCAGCCAAGGUUGGAGAUCGAUGUUCCCAACGAUUCCUUUGGAGAGAUGGUAACGACGAUCGAGACCCGGAUGUGUACGAGGUGGGCAAGAACUUCGUGGGAGCCGACAGGGACGCCAGACGAUUUGGAGACGCGUUCGAGACGGAGAGGAUACAGAGGCGGAGUAUGGGAGCAGAUGGUGCAUUGCGUCAAGCGAGUGCUGCGCCAUACCCUGGAAGAAGUCGCGCCGAGGGACCAUGUAGAGUCCCACCAUGGAGCACCUGCCUACGCUUGUGCGCCGCGAGAAGUGGUGCCAGGGAACGGAGCCCAUCCGCCAGGGCGAUAUGGUCUUCGUCUGCGAUCCUGCCUUGCCCAGACGAGAGUGGCGCAAGGGCAUCGUGGAGGAGGUCUACAGCGGAGCCGAUGGAGAUGGAUGGAGCUAAUGGACUAUCUUGGACAAUGUUGCGGCCCGUCUCUAAACUUGGAGUUUGGAUUUGAGUGAAGCGGGUCUUCACGGGGUCGGGGAUGUCGACGGUCAAAAACAUUGUUAUCGAUAGUUAAGUCAGUAUUAUUAGGAGAUGUAGUAUUUUAAGUUAUCGGAAGUACGGGCUUAUCAAUCGCGGUUAUGUGAAUGCCGCCAAAAGGUGCCAUUCAUUGUUUUGUUGAUUGUAGGAGGGCACACUGCGAAUAAAACGUUCCGUUAGCCACAGCCAAGGCCUUUGAAGUACCCCUUUCUUCGGACCUACGCGUGUGGGGAGCCGUUUAAGGCAACUCCACAG